GCUUGGUUCAGCUCAAUUCCCCUUUCUCACUGAGACUGCCUCAAGGGCGAAAUGUCUGGAUUCACGGGAAAACAUCUCCGCCUUACCUUCUGGAAAAAAUAAGUUGCUGGUCCUCUCUGGAGAUUCUUCCUUUCUUCACCAGUGUCCCAGAUUGUCCACCUUAUCCAUGGAGUUGAAUGUUUCUAAGCAAGAAAACGACAUUUUUUGCACAAUGGAGCAGCAAUUUAAUUAUUCAGAUGAUUUAAAUAACACAGGACACUAUGGUGUGUGGCCAACCUACUAUGUCUUGAGUCAUGGCUGGAAUGAAUAUUUUAGAGCUACUCCUACGUUUGAUGUUUUAACCCGGAACCUCAUCAACGGCUCCAUUGCCAUUGUUUGCAUUUUAGGCCUGAUUGGAAAUGGAGCAACGAUUUAUUUUUUAGCCUAUUCCAUUAAGAGGAAUUCUUUCACCACUUUCAUCCUGAAUCUCUCCAUUGCUGAUUCGGGGGCCCUCACAUUCUUUAUUAUGGCAGCUAUAUUUGUGGCUGUUUUAACUCUCCAUAAAACGACUAAACUUCUGGCAGUUUUUUUCUUGUUAUUUUUUGAGCUCUUUCUCUUCACCUAUUCUGCUAGCCAGUUUCUGCUGACGGCCAUCAGCCUGGACAGGUGUGUGGCGGUCCUCUUCCCACUCUGGCAUCGCUGCCAUCGUCCGCCAUAUUUCUCCACCCUUGUUUGUGUCAUCAUCUGGAUCCUCUCCUUCCUGCUCUCUGCAGUGCACUUCAUUCUCCACCAGACCAGCAGCUCUGAAAGUUCACCUUUCCUUUAUCAGCUGAUUGUGAAUGGUUUACUUUGUACCCCACUCAUGGUUGUGUCUACUGGGACUCUCUUGAUUCAUGUAAGGUCUAGAUCACAACGCAAUCAAAGGAAGCUGCUCUCCGUCAUCCUGCUGGCUCUCCUUUGCUUCCUCCUUUUUUCUCUCCCAAUGGAUGCCUUGUAUGUCAUUGAAUAUUUUGGUUCUUAUAAUCCCCUCCUCGUGACCAUUGGGAUAGGAUGUGCCGCUCUCAAUAGCAGCAUCAACCCACUCCUUUAUUUCUUAGUCGGGAGGAAGAAGAGGGCAAAGAAUCAGCCCAGAACAUCCUUGAAGGUGGCUCUGGAAAGAGUCUUCAAGGAUGAGUAGCAAACAUGAAAGAGCACCAGUUGUGAAGCAUCAACACCAUUGUUUAUUCAAGUCGUAAAUGAUAUAUUGUGCAGUAAGAACAUACAAAAUUGAUGUAAUUUAGGUAACCAAACAGCAAAAUUUGGAAACCAUGCAGUAUAUGGAGCUCCGUUUCCAUCCGUCCUGUUUGCCAUCGUUCGCUGCCUAGAGACUAAGAUGGAUGAUCUGAAACUUGAGCUGGCCACGAACAAGGAGUGUGUAUCGGAGGCGGUGGCCCUUUGAAAGCUCUAUGCAAUGAAAUUUCUUUUUGAUGUAUGCUGAUUGGUGUACAU